AUGCAAACCGACCCCCCCGCUGGUGUUUCCGCCUCUCCCGUACCCGAUAAUGUUAUGACCUGGAACGCCGUGAUUAUCGGACCCGCCGACACGCCCUUCGAGGAUGGCACCUUCCGCCUGGUGAUGCACUUUGAGGAGCAAUAUCCCAACAAGCCCCCCUCGGUCAAGUUCAUCAGCGAGAUGUUCCACCCCAACGUUUACGCCACCGGCGAACUCUGUCUCGACAUUCUCCAGAACCGCUGGAGCCCUACGUACGACGUGGCGGCUGUCCUCACAAGCAUUCAAAGUCUGCUUAAUGACCCGAACACAGGAUCGCCUGCGAACGUCGAAGCCUCCAACCUCUACAAGGACAACCGCAAAGAAUACCACAAGAGAGUCCGGGAAACGGUUGAGAAGAGCUGGGAGGAUUAA